AGUUCCCAUAGGUUGUUGGCCUUUCGCUGCUGAAUGGUUUUGAGGUUGUCAAACACGCUAGACAGACAUGCGUCUCUUAAUAUUGGAAGCAUUCCUUCUCGUAGGCAUACUUGAGUACGCUCACGCCGAUGAUGGUGGUGUGGCGUGUGGAAUCGUUGAUCAGCUGGUGUGUGAUGACUUCGCAGAAAGCAGGGUGUGCGGAUCGGACGGCAGAGACUAUUUUAACGACUGUGACUUUGCCAAGGCUCACUGCCACGAUUCGACACUGCACGUAGGCAAUGUAGGACAAUGUCGUACGUCAACUACAGCCACAACAACACCUCCAUCGACGCACCCGGCUAACGCCAAUCUGUUGUGCAAGGUUCUACUGGCUGCACAGUGUAAUGGUGACGCCAAGGAAUUAUGCGGGACGGAUGGGAAGACAUAUUUUAACUUGUGCAAAUUCGAACAAGCCAAAUGUUCGUCCCCGGCGUUAGCUGUAGACCACACUGGAGAGUGCGUCACCCCAAGCCCUCUGUGUCAAGCAUUCGCCAUCGUUCAGUGUGGGGAGACCAGAAAGGAAGUGUGCGCAUCUAACAAUGUCACCUUUCCCAACCUAUGCUCCUUCGAAAAAGCGCAGUGUCUCGAUACCUCACUCUCCUUGGUUCGCGAGGGAUCUUGCGAUGGCUCUCAUACACCAGGCACUUCCCCACCGUCCACGACGCCAACGUCACUACCGGACACAUCUACAGCCCCGAACAGGCCAAGUCUUUCCCCGACCUGCCGGGCGCUGGUGAUUGCACUGUGUGGAAGUAAUGUUGAAGCGAUGUGUGGAAGUAAUGGUAUAACCUAUGCAAACCCGUGCCAGUUGAAGAAAGCUGAAUGCUUUGACCCAUCUAUAAAAUUAGUGUCUGUCGGUCACUGCGCGUCGCCAACACUGGCCAUCACUCAGUCAACGACUUCCAAACCAACGACGUCACAAGCAACUGCACAAAAGACACAAGGGUCAACGUCGUCACUACCAAUGACGUCACAAGACACCACGCAAAAGACACAAGGGUCAACGACGUCACUACCAAUGACGUCACAAGACACCACGCAAAAGACAAAAGGGUCAACGACGUCACUACCAAUGACGUCACAAGACACCACGCAAAAUACACAAGGGUCAACGUCGUCAGUACCAAUGACGUCACUGGAAACUUCACAAAAGACACAAGGGUCAACGACGUCACUACCAAUGACGUCAAAAGAAACUACGCAAACCACACAAGGGUCAACGACGUCACUACCAAUGACGUCACAAGAAACUACGCAAACCACACAAGGGUCAACGACCUCAUUACCAAUGACGUCAAAAGAAACUACGCAAACGACACAAGAGUCGACAACGCCACUACCAUCGACAUCAGGAUCAACAAUGCCAGUGAUGACACUUUCCCCGCUGGAUAUCAUCUGUAGAGCUAUAAUGAAUUUUGACUGUCCAAUUACACCAGAACCAGUAUGUGGCAGUGACGGCAAAACUUACCCUAACGAGUGCGAGUUUGAGAAAGCGAAAUGCACACACAGACACCUUCACGUCGCCAGCUUCGGUCCGUGUAACUAGCGAAAAAUAUACAUGUUUACUCAGAUUCAUUAAACGAAUUUAAUGGG